UAGAUUAUAUAGCGUUAUAAGCAUUUAUGUCUCUGAAAUUCAAAUGAGGUGGUGAUCUCUGUUUUUUCCAUUAGCUCCCAAGUUUGUGUUGCCAAAUUCUGUUUUUGGCUUGGACGUCCUCGACUGUGGAAUAAAAUUAUCCAGGGCCACGAAAGCAACUUCAACACCAUUCGUACAUUCCAAGUCGACCUUCUUCCACCCUCAAACUAUGACUCGACACCAAUGGCAAAAGCUUUACACGCCGUAGGAAACCAUGUUUGCUAUCUCGGGAAAGCCGGCGCAGCAAUCAGUGGGAGAUACGAUCCAGGUGCUUGCUGGGCGACUGGGGACUGCUCAGUUACUCGAAGAUAGGAGGGCAUCUAUCGCUGGCAUUCGCAGUCUUGCUAAACAAUACCCCGCCUCAGUCGCCUCAAGUGCCUUGAGAGGACUGAUAGCAGGGUUGAGUAAAGAUGGCGAAGAUGUCGACACAGUCAAAGUCACCUUGGAGACACUAUUGAUGCUCUUCAACCCCGACGAGAACAGCCCUGAGGCAUCGGAAGAAUUGGCACUUUGGAUCGCGGACGAGUUCACACAACGUCAGGAAAACAUCAAUCUAUUGUUAGAUUUCUUAGACACAAACGACUUUUAUUCUCGCCUCUACUCGUUGCAACUCCUCUCUGCUAUACUAUCUUCUCGAACCGAACGAACAGAAGAAUGUAUUUUUACGGCACCUUUAGGAAUCUCCAGGCUCGUGGCGGUGCUGAAUGACAAGAGAGAUGCUAUACGAAAUGAGGGUCUGAGUUUGCUUACAUACCUCACCCCUAGCUCUACAGAAUUGCAGAAACGGGUUGCUUUUGAAGAUGCCUUCGAAAGAAUUUUCAAUAUUAUUAAGUCCGAGGGGUCUCUCUUACACGGCGACAGGAUAGUGGAAGACUGUCUAAUUCUUCUCGCCAAUCUCCUACGAUUCAAUGUGUCCAAUCAGUCAUUCUUCAGAGAAGCGGGCUGUGUGCCCAGGGUCGCACGAAUGCUGAACGACACGCUCAGAGAGCAGGGCAGUGAACCUGAAGUUGCCGAGUGGGCGAAGCUCCAGAGGAACAGGAAUAUUUACGCAUUGUUGGCUGUGUUAAGAUUGUUCCUUGUUACCGGUGGAGUUGGUACCCAAGCCAAUCAAGCGUCAUUCUGGCAAUAUGGUGUCUUGAAUCAGGUCCUUCAAUUAGCCUUCAACCGCGCGACGGAGAUGCAAAUAAAAGCCGAGGCUUUGACAACAUGCGCGGACUUGAUUCGAGGCAAUCCGAGUAUUCAAGAGCAAUUCGCACAGCUCAAGGUCACUUCAGUGCUUGACGAGCCUCUUGAUGAAGGAAACCAGGCUGUUCAACAGAAUGGAAUUCCACAAGUCUAUGUGAUCGACGGACUCCUUGACCUCACCCUGAGCGUUCCAUUAUUGGCCGCGUUCGAUUCACGCCUUGCGGCUUGCGAGUGUAUCAAAGCCUAUUUCUACAAUCAUCCCGUGAUUCGAAAGCAUUUUUUGCGCCGCGCAAUCGAGGGCCAUACUUCUGGCGCAGAUGAGACUGCAAAUGUGCUAACAACUCUUUUACAGCCACUGGACAGUCAAGUUUCGGUUGAUCCAUAUCGAUCUUGGUUUGCGGCUGUAAUUCUAUUUCACCUGAUAUUUGAAGACGCAAAUGGGAAGAGUCUAGCUAUGAGUGUCACUGAGGGAGAUUCGUCACAAGGCGAAGAUGUAGUGACGUGUAUUCAAACCUUGACCGAGAACCUUCUGAAUGGGAUUCAGAAAAACGUUGAUGAACGGAUACUCGUGGCAUAUCUCAUGCUGCUCUGCGGAUGGCUUUUUGAAGAUCCCGAUGGAGUCAACGACUUUUUGGGCGAGGGCAGCAACAUCCAAAGUUUGGUACAAACGGUGUUACGUCCAGCUGGCGAUGGAGUGACCGUCCAAGGCCUCUGCGCUAUGCUCUUAGGGAUUGUCUACGAGUUCUCAACUAAAGACUCACCGGUUCCUCGAGCAACGAUCCAUCCAAUUCUUGCCUCGCAAAUGGGCCGAGACCAAUACAUCGACCGCUUGACGAAGUUCCGAAGCCACCCCUUGGUGCGAGAUUUUGAGGUUCUGCCUCAAAAACUUAGUGUUGCACCUCCUGGCGGUCUCCCUGACGUCUUUUUUGACAAAACUUUUGUUGAUUUUGUCAAGGAUAACUUCAGUCGUUUGCUUCGUGCAAUUGAUCGCGAUCCUGGAAUGGAGAUACCAGUCAUUGCAAACGGCGUACAGAAAGGCAUUUCUCGCGAAAUGGUGGACUCGUUGCGAUCCCAGCUUGAGGAGAAAGAGAAGGCACUCCAAAAAUCCGAGGAGGAACUCCUUUCCCGGAGCCGGCAGCUGGGGCAGGAGCAGGCUGACCACCGAAGGGCUAAAGAGACUUCUGCUAUGGAGCUUGGAAAGAUUAAGCAAGUGAACGAAGCGCUGCACCGUCAUCACGAGGACGACAUGACUAAAUUGCGUGCUGAACAGAGUCGGAUGGCUCAAGAUCAUCAGAGGCAGCUUGAGCAUGUUCGGAAGACCGCGGAAGCCAAUGCCGACCGAACACGCAAACGGUUGGAGGCUGAGAUUGCAGAUCUUCAGAGCCACCUCAACAAAUCAGAAGCUGAUCUUGCAAAGGCGAACAAAAACCACGUGCAAGAUCUCCAAACGGCACAUGACGAAUACACAGCGGAUAAAGCUGAACAAGCAGCUCGUUUGCAGAGGGCAGAAGAGAAAGCCAAAGACUUCGAAAAUAGACGCGAGGCCGCAACUGCCAAGGCCAGAAAGGCUGAAAUGUCUCUAGCGGAGAUGGAAAAGGAAAAACAAGCUGUGCAGGGCGAGCUCGAUGACCUCCUCAUGGUAUUUUCCGAUUUAGAGGGCAAGGUGACCAAAUACAAGGAAAAAUUAAAGGCGCUGGGGGCGGUUAUUUCUGAUGACGAAGAAGAGGAUGAAGAUGAAGAAGAGGACGACGUAGACUGAGAGAUCGAGGGAUCAGCAAUCUGUAAAACACUUGUCAAUAUAGCACAGCGAGGCGUCAAG